CGGGGGGCGGGGUGGACCCCGGCGGGUGAGGAGCCGGGGGCCUCGCGUCCUUAGGCCCUUGCUCGGUCAGGAAGUAGGUGUCUGGGAUCUUGGAGAGAGUAACUGCCCGGUGUUUGAUUUGCACGUUUCUCUUGGGUUUCCCCAAUUCGGUUCACCCAGCCUGAGCUGGAAAGAGCUUGGGCGGAGGUGUGAAGGGCAGGAAUGGGGAAGGGAGGAUGAGAAAAUGCGCAAUUGUUGCGUUUCCCCGGGGAACUGUGAACGCAGGACUCCUGCAACCUAACAAGGGGUCGUGGGCAAAUUUGUGUCAUCAGCAGGGGCCGCUGGCCCCCCACCUCCCCCCAACUGGAAGGCCCGGUUGGGUGCAGGCCGGGUGCGGGCCGGGCUCUAGACCUGCCUCUUAAUAGGAGUUCCAGGCCGGUGAUGAAGGAACACAAAGUGGAUUUUGCUCUGAAGGUUCUCCAGUGGUCUGACUCGGAGGUGGUGCGGCUCCAGCUGUGGGAUAUUGCAGGGCAGGAGCGCUUCACCUCCAUGACACGACUAUACUAUCGGGGUGCCUCCGCCUGUGUUAUUAUGUUUGAUGUUACCAACGCCACAACCUUCACCAACAGCCAAAGAUGGAAACAGGACUUGGACAGCAAGCUCACACUGCCUAAUGGAGAGCCCGUGCCCUGCCUGCUCUUGGCCAACAAAUGCGAUCUGUCCCCUUGGGCAGUGAGCCGAGACCAAGUGGACCGGUUCAGUAAAGAGAAUGGUUUCACAGGUUGGACAGAAACCUCAGUCAAGGAGAACAAAAAUAUUAACGAGGCCAUGAGAGUCCUCAUUGAAAAGAUGAUGAGCAAUUCCAGAGAAGAUCUGUCUCUGUCCACCCAAGGGGACUAUAUCAACCUACAGACCAAGCCUUCCUCCAGAUGGACAUGCUGCUAGCAGUUUGAGGCUAGUUUUUGCUCCCACUGUCAGGAGGUCUUUCAUCUCUUUCCCUUGGCUGCCCACUGGGCAAUCUUACCUACACGUGAACCAUCUCCUGCCAGCUGUCCUGGAAGGACCAUCGUCACUCAGAGGAGCCUGGGACUCAGAUGCAUUUCUGCAUCUCUCACAGGUGGGCUCCUACUCGCUGCUGUGGCUCAGUUAGUACCUUCUGUAUAAGAAAGAUCAUCUUAGCCCUCAGUUUGUGAUCUGGGAUUUUGUGGGAAGCAUUGGAAACCAGCACCUGUGAUCAGAAUUCCCACCUAUUUUUGGCUUCCAUUUUUCCGUUUGACGUGUGUUAAUAUCUCAACCUGAUAGGACUAAAGAUUGCAAGGAAAAUGAGAGCAAAGGGCAUUUCCCAAACGCACCAGAGGUUGUCGCUGUCAGAUCCUUCCUGUCUCGGACUUUGACUUUGAACCUCUGAUUCCAAGAUGCACAGGAGUGUGGCUGGAUGGAUAUCCAUGGGUUUGAGGCCACAGGAGGUGACGCAAAAGUCACUGUAUUUUUGAAGCUUCUAAAGUCAUAAUUGGCUUUCUCUUAUCUUGGCUGCAAGCGUAGUCAAGCUUUUAAACUACUUAGUGUGUGACAAGAGCAUUUCUUUUCCCCAAGGAAAUCAGUUGUCACAUUAGGGUUUUCAAGUGUCUCACUACCGGUGGGGUGGGAGCGGGGUUAGCAGGGUUGGUGUCCUGACGCGUAACACUGCAAGUGACAUUGGUUGGCCGUGGUGCCCUGACAUAGGUCUGUUCCUCACAGCCCGGGGGGUCUGAAUGGGAGAGGGAAAGGUUAAUAGAACAAAAUCCUGUGGGGCAACUUGCUUCUGAGCACUGCGGGUGCUCAGCCAUAAGACACAAAUUUUAUGUACAGACCUUUGCCUGAGGUGGGCGAGUAGAUAGACAGAAGAUCAUUAGGUAAUUUAAGUGCUAAGUCGGGCAGGGUUUUUAGUAUCAAAUCACUUCUAGACAGCUUAAUUUGUUAAAUUCUCACAGGAUGGUGAUUUAUAACCUACCCAAAGUUAUGAAUAUUCUUAAUGAACUCAGAGGCCUACAGUUCUUUAGAAUUGUAGAUGAGUAAGCAUCCUAAGUUAGCAGCUCCCAAGUCUGACCGAGCAGAACCACCUGGGAAGUUUGUUUAAAAAUUUUUUUCAAUAAAAUGUUUAUUGUAUGUUUUAAGGUUUCUCAAACACACUGAAUCAAAAUGUCCAGGGGUGGAGCCUGGGAAUUUGCUGCUGUUUUUCAAAGCUGCCUGGGUAAUCUGACUAGCCUGGUUUGGAAAACAACGCUGGGGAAUUUGGUAAAGCUGUACAGAGCCGGGCACUCCCCAUACAAAUGCCCCUGGGCGUCCCUGGGCCGUCUCAGCUCGCCGCAUGGUUCAGGGACACACCAGACCUUGGAAACCACUGUCUUAAGAGAAUGAUCCGAGGUCAAAUGUGAGAAAGAGAAUGGGAGCCAGACCUUCAGCGGUUGGUUGCCUGGUUGGUUUUUAAUACCAAGUAUUAUCACUUGGACUAUUUGCAGCCUCUUAAGACCGUGAAGUUCUCUUUUGUAUUACCCUUCUUAAAUAAUGGGUUUUUAUUACAACAAUUUUGAAGAUGUUCGCGGAGUAACUCAUUCCCUCUAUGUGAAAAGAAAAUUGAUUUUUAUUUACUGGUUCGAACCUCUGCAAAGUCACAAAUAAAGAUGAAAUAAGUCUUGUAUUCACGGUACUUAUUGGCCUUUAAAGUAAGUUUGUUACAGUGCCAUUUUAUACUGCUAAUUCAAGAGUAUUGUGGAAAUGGAGAUUUUAUUUUUUAAACAGCUUUAAAAACGAAGGUAAAUGUUAUUCUGUCUAUUAAUUUAUGGGCAUCCACUGCCUAAUACCAAUUCAAUACUUGAUAUAACAUUCCAAAUCAUGCUUGUAAAUGUGACCAUUGUAAAACAAAAAAAAAUUGAACAUGUUUUCUUUUCCUAUGUGCUGACUCAGGAAUUACCUGCCUUUUCAAGCAUUACUAGAGGCUGGCCUGCCAGUCCUUCUGGAUUUUUUUUUUAAGUGGUGAACAUUAUAGAACUGAAGCUAAUUAAAGAAUAAAUUGAAGUA